GUGAAAUGUUGAGCAAUGUCCUGCGUGUCGUGGGUGAAGCUCGACAGAGAACCCUCGGACCCUUCAGUCCGUCGUUUAACAUCCACAAUAUUUUGUUGGUGCAAUUAGAAAAGGUGCUUCCUGAUGACGCCCACACACGAGUGAACGGAAAACUCCACAUUUCUCUGACGCGAGUUUACGACGGAAAAAAUGUUAUAGUUUCCCAGUUCAGUAGCAAAGAGGAUCUUGUUCAGGCUCUUCUGGCCAGCUCCUUCAUUCCAGUUUUCUCGGGAAUUCUCCCACCCAAGUUUCAUGGAACACGAUACAUGGACGGAGGAUUUAGUGAUAAUUUGCCAAUGCUGGAUGAAAACACUAUUACAGUGAGCCCUUUCUGCGGAGAGAGCGAUAUCUGCCCUCGUGACUUGUCAUCUCAGCUUUUCCACAUAAAUGUCUCAAACACGAGUAUCGAGCUGUCUCGCCACAACAUCUACAGAUUUGUUGGGAUAUUGUUUCCACCAAAACCAGAGGUGUUGUCUAACAUGUGCAAACAAGGAUUCGAUGAUGCACUUAUGUUCCUGCAUAGAAAUAAUCUCAUCAACUGCACGAGAUGUCUGGCCGUCCAGUCAACGUUCGUUGUGUCGGAGACCCUCGACGAAAGCCUCGAGUUUGACCCGGAGUGUCAGGAAUGUGAACUGCAUAGACAAGAAGCACUGCUCUCAAAGCUGCCAGACACAAUAAUAACCAUAUUCGAAGAAGCGAUAGAUUCUGCCAACAAAGGACUCGUAAACUGGAUAUUCAAACACCGUGGAAUGAAACUUCUGUCUGUACUCAGCUUGCCGUAUACGCUGUCUGCCGAAAUUAUCUAUGCCACAUUCACAAAAUUCAUAGCGAGCGCGCCGUGUCUGGGCAACAACCUAUGGAUGCUGAGUCAGUAUCUCAUAAACCAAAUCUCAGACCUCCUCAACAAAAUGAACAAGAAACGUCAGCAGCUGAAUACGACGGUCAGGUGUCAACUUGCAAUUACUGAAUUCGGAGGCACCAAGUAUGACAUAGAGAGUAUUGAGGAUAUUCCAGUUGCCGUGAAGAACAAGAUGAAUAUUAAUUUCACUCUCAGUCUUGAUGAAAGAACUGGUGCAGCAGAUCAGUCUGAACCAUCUUGUGGUCAGAAAUUACCACCAACUUUGUCAAGACGUCCAAGCCUAACAGUGAAUUACGCUGAGCAUGGGACACCAUUGGAAAAUGACACCUUUGAACACAUUCUGCAGGAGACGGCACACCAUGACACUGUGAUGGCAUUUUAUUAUAUGGAUGAGAACAACAAGGUUAAGGUAACAGAAAUAGUUGAUGUAACAGAUGCAGAUUCCAGUGUCGUGCUGUCACCAGAAGAACGAGAAAACAAUAUUCAGCUGGAAUUUGAUGAUGAGUGGAAUGAUCACGCUAUUGACCAUUCUUCAUCAUGGGUUUCUCAGCAGGUCAUACAAGAAGAAGAUGACCCAUAUUAUGGUGAAGAUGAGCUCGAUCCCUCUGAUGUAUCAGCAGACGAAUGCAAUGCUGAUGGUGGUGAUUCAAGAAAUAUCUUCUCAGACCCUGAGAGUGAAUGGAAUAGUCCAGAAACUGCUAGAAAACUAUCCAUUGAAAAGUUAAAUAACAUGAAGGAGGCAUUCAGUCUUCCACCUAAUUCUCUGCCGGAAUCUGACCAGCGUACUAACAACCAGCCACUGCAAAGAAAGUCUUCUUAUGUCAUAAUGAGCAACCUUAUCUGAAAAAUGCUGUAGGUGGGGGUAUUUAGACCUAUGAAGGUCCAACUUCCACUGAAAACACUGUACCGAAUAUGUGGCACCUAAA